UUCAACUUAAAUACUAAAUACCAAUCGAAUACCAGCAUUGACAGGCUUAUCAUCCACAGAAAGUCCUGCCCGAAGUAUAAAGCCGAUCUCACCGAUAAGCUUAGCAAUCUAACUAAAUCAAAAAAAGAAACUUCAGCGGAACCUGCCAGUCCCCCCCCGGCACCAGCACCAAUUUCGGAAACCAACGAACCCAUCUCUGUGAAUCUACUGGAUAAACUGCUAGUGGAGGAUGACAGUGAUCGAAAUGCUGGAUCCACCUUGGUGGGCUACCUUAAUGACUUGGAUCAGUUAGCUACCUUUCCGGCGUCCGACGCAAACCGGUUGCAAAAAGACCUCCUCAAGGCUGAGACAGAUUACCUGGAGGCCAAGUCCGAAUACUUUACCAAGAUGAACGAGAUAUCUGAGUUGAAACGCACGGUCACAAUGUUGGAGGCGAAGAAGACCCAGCUGGAGAUUGUAAAGCUGAGAGCUGAGUGCGAGUAGUUAAGCCAGCAAUGUAUUUUAUGAUUUUAAAGUGUUCUGGAAAUCUGUUCCAGUUUUGAUUUAACAAAUAGUAUAAUGUUUCAACUUAAAAUAUACUUUUAAAAAUU